AUGAGUCUCCUGACCACUCCUAUCCUCAUAGAAGCUUAUCGCAAUGCCGUUAGUCAUGAUAUUGAGUGGAAAGUAGAUGCCUUUUGGCAGUCCUACAUGAUCCAGCAAUUUCCUGCGGCUGAGCACUACGCGGUGUGGUGCCAAUCCGCACCCACUCCUGAUAGUAGGAAGAGAGUCGACAUCGCUGUCAAGCGACUUCGCGCCGGCACGAUACUUUCUACUCUGCUCCUGUGCGAAGUAAAGAGAUCUGGGUCAUCAAAGGUGAAAGAUGCUGAGAAACAAGUUGUUGAAUACGCACAAGAGUACCUGGAAGAUAGCGAGGAGAGGUUCGUCUACUGCAUGACAGCUUGGGGAAUUAAAGCGCGUUGUUGGAUUUACUACAAGGACACUCAAGUUCUGACACCUAUGUUUGGCGAAAAAGAUAUGGGCUCUAAAGCAUCGUAUGUGGACGCUAACGAAAGGAGGGCUGAACUUAUCUCUGCAUCCAUUGCCUACAUGAAGGAAGAAACAACUACCUGGCCGGGAGAGUUAGAAUCUCACCAAAGCACUCAAUCCGGCGAAGGUACUGCUGCGGAUUCUUCGACCAGUACACAACCUGGUUAUGCGCAAGCUUCUGACUCAGGCUACUCAGAGUGGGAAUUAGACACGGAACAACAACGGUAUAGACGCUACAACUUCUCGGCUCAGGAAUGGGAGUGGUACUAA